AUGGGUAGAAAUAUAAAAAAGAAAAAAAUGGGUAUAACAAACAACAAUGAAACGAACGAAAAAUUAGAUUGUAAAACUGCAAUCAACAAAAAAAUAAAUGAUCUUCUUAAUUUUUUUGCUGAUAACAAUAAUGAGGAUAUUAAGGAGGAAUAUAUACCUUUUGAUAAUAGAAUUUUAGACGACUUAAAACUUUCAGUUUCUAAUAAAGCUAGAAAUCAAAAAUUUUCAGGUAAUAAAAAGAGUAUGUUAAGAAAGGAAAGUAUAAAGGAAGAAAGCAUUAAUAUUGGAUAUGAACUUAAAUGUGCUAUGAUAAACGAAAUAUCAUUUCACACAAGAAAUAUUAAAAAAUUGGCAAUGGAUUAUCGUUUGAACAUACAAAAGUUAAGUGAUGACAACUAUAAAAAAUUGUUUAAAUUUUCUAACAAAUGUAAAAUUUGUAAUGUUUCUUACGAUGAAGGAGAUGAAAUGAUAAAACAUGUCAUUUGUGAUCACUUAAAAAUUAGAAAUUGUUCUUUAUUUAAAUGUUUUGCAUGUGCUAAGGAAAAUUAUCAUUUAGAAUCAUUUUUAGAAUUUUAUAAAAUAAGUCAACAUUAUGCAAAUUUUCAUCAGUUUAGUGGUGAGAAUUUUACAAAUAAUUUUGUACAAACAGAAAACAACGAAGAAAUUUGUAUCUAUAUUGAUGGAUCCUGUGAUUACAAUAUAUUGAUUGAUUACCAAGAAACAUUCGAUUUAUGUUUUACUAUUCCUGAACAUAUUGUUACCAAUGAUUAA